GUGAAUUUAAUACAAAAACAAAUUUACCAAAAAUGCGUUUGAGGGAAAAAUCAAGUACCAGUCCACACUAAUGGAUCAUCAAACAAAUUUCACCAAUCUCACCUCGCUGGCAUGGAACAACAGCCAGCAGGCACUGGUGUACACACUGAGUGUAAUCGACAACGCUUCCUACGAAGAAGAGGUAGCUCGCCUGUUUGCAAUCAAUCAGCUGGCAUCGCCGGCGGCACUCGUCACCGCCGUCCUGCUGGUCUUCCUCUUCUCGCCGACAAUUAUCAUCGGUAAUUCACUGGUACUGAUUGCCAUCUAUCGUUUUAAGCGAUUACGCACGCCGAGCAAUUACCUGGUGAUGUCGCUGGCGACGUCGGACCUGGGCGUCGGGAUAUACACGCCGGUCGGGAUGUAUCUGGAGUUGUGCGGCGUCGGCGGGGCGUCGGGCGCUCCCUCCGGCGCCGCGCUCUGUCUACUUAACUACGGCGUGCCCAUCACGCUCUGCUGCGUCUCGGUGUUGGUGAUGGUCGCCAUCGCCGUCGAUCGCUUCACGUCGCUUGCGAGACCCCUGCGGUACAAUAAUCUUAUCACGCACACCGCUAUGGAGAGGUACAUCGCGGUGUUUUGGAUUUAUGCUGCUCUGGUUGGCUUCUCACCUUUUACUUAUCACAUGUUUUAUGGGACGCCAAAUUUUUGCUCGUUCGGCAGCCUGAUACCACCGCGACCCAUCCAGCUGUUUAUGUUUCUGCGCCGUUUACAGCCGUCGGCGUUCAUACUGCUGGUGUGCUAUGGUUAUAUAUCUACAAAGCAGAACGGCGCGGGGGGGCACGCUUGCCGUGCCAUCACCGAGGUGCGUCACUUUCGCUGCGGUACGGACAUGGCUCGAACGCGCGCGCCGCGCUACAGGGUUGCGCUCGCUGCGACAGGGAUGUUCCUCACGCUCUGGCUGCCGUUUCAGAUUUGUAUGCUUCUCGAUGUCUUCACAGAUUCAAAAAUAUUAACACAAUGGAUCGUGAUCUACCUGGCGUUACCAAUCGUUUCCUCCAGCGCGUUCAACCCGUGGAUUUACGGCUAUCGAAAUGGCGAGUUGCGGCUCGCGGUGCAAAAAGUCGUCGACGAUGUGCUGACUCUACUCGGCUUUAAUUAUCGCAGCCAUCCGAUAACAGAUGCGCACGUGGUGCCACCAAGUAUAGCGGCAACGGCCGGAGACGCCGGUUCGUUAAUCAACCACAUUAAGCGUGAGUACUACAGCUGGAAUCCGGAUGAUGAGUAUCUAUUAGUGCCGAUGGCCAAACCGGAAUCGUCUGGUUUCCUCUCUCUGGACGACGAAAAGUGUACCAGUGUAAAAAAUAUCAAUGUAACGUUCAAUAACAACCAUUUGAACAGCAGUGGCCGGUCGUUGAAUAAUAAUCAUUUGCAUGGUGAGAACAACAAGUGCGCAAAAGUCGGCAAGAAGCGUUAUAAUCGAAAACAUCUCAGCACGCAUUUAAAUUUCAAUUUCGUGAAGGAUAUUAAAGACUUUAAAGAAUUGAAGGAUAAAAAAGAAGCAAAAGAAACACAUGAGAUUAAGGAGUGUAAAGAAGACAAGAAACAAGCGCAGAAUUGCUACAAUCGGCCAGGAUUGAAGGGAUCUAAAAGUAUGAUUGAGAGUUUUGCGGGUUUGAGGAAUGGCACAGAUGUGUGGAUAUUCAAAGGCAAGAAUUUGAUGAUUAACGGUGCGAGCAUUGUUUAAAUCACGGGAACAUAAAUUGUUGUGGUAAGCAACCAAUUUAACAUUUGCAUGAAGGUUAGGUUUGUGAGCUACACGAAACACCAAGUUAACUUAACAUUAGAGAAGACGGUAAGUCAAUACGAAACAACAAACAGAGUACUUAAACAAAGGUCUACUAUAGUUAUUUUUAUACAAAGAAAAAAUAUCUAAGAAUAUUGAGAGAAGACAGAAUUUAUCAGAUCAAUUACCCAAUGGACUAUUCUAAAUGUUCACUUUUAAUUGUAAACAAAUCGUUGUUUAAUUAAAGUAAUUUUUAUGUCAAAUUGUCAAACAAAACUACAGAGUAUCUAUUGUAUAGAAUCUCUUAUUAAUAACGGAGAUUUACUUGUUUCUAACCAAACAUUUGAAAAAAAAUUGGU